GGCACCCUGGCGGCCCAAGCGGUUGAGGCGUGGGAUGCCGUUGGCAUGCACAAUCUUGAGGAUGACGAGCCUGGUAUCGACGUGCACCGUCAUGUUACGCCUCAUCGGGGAUUGGAUUUUCUUCUGUGUUACGCGCCUGACGCAUCCUCAGCACAAUCGCCUCAUUCAUGCAUUGAUGGGGAAUGGCACUCUGCCGUAUGCAGUCUGUCAGUCUUUCUCGCAUCUUGUCGGUAGCGACGGCCUGAUCGGUGGUGAUAUGAACGGGAGGGCUCGCCUGGACGUGGAAAUAGUCGGUCUCACGAGCCAGAGAGGCCGGACCCUCAAUGGGCGGGUUGGGUAGGUGGCCGGCCACGCGCCUAACGGCAAGGUCGCGGUCGAGGUCCGCCGUGAUGAUUCACGUAUUCACCCCAAGGACGAUGACUACGAGCCCGAGGCCAUCGCCUUGGAUCGCGUCAGCGUCGUCUGGUUCGACUGGCCCCACGCCCGAGACUCUUGCUGCUUUCGACAUGGAUGAGCUCUACGGGUACAGGCCGGAACACUGGAUGCACUUCCAGCCGUGGCCCCAGGUGGAUUUCGCCGCGGAGCGCGAGCACGACAUUCUCGAGGCGGAAUCGGAUAUUGAUCGAUGGUACGGCAGGGCCAGGGAGGAGGAGGAGGACGAGUCCGUGGACGAGGCGGGGGCCUUGGACCCCCUGGACGAGAGCCCUAUUGCAGGCGCAGCCGCAUCUAGCUCAGGAGGCCCAGUUGCCGGUUCAGCUUCCCAGCCUACCGCUGCGAAGCCUUCCGAGGCCUGUUCGUCCACCGCCCUGCCCGACACCGACAUGCCUGCCUGCCCCUGCGAAGUGGUCUGCAUCCGCUACUUCUCGAAAGGUGGCUGUUAAGCGGGAGGGCGUUGUCAUUGUGCCAUGACGAGUCCCAUCGCGGGACGCCGCAGCUAAGUCCAAGCGGCGCCAGAGGUGACCUCGGGCGGCUAGUCCCGGGCAGCACUGAUUUUACCUUGUACUGUUUUUGCCUUGUGCUGUUCUUCCUUGACAAUGCAUGCCCAGUACGCUUUGUGAUGUUCCAGCGGUUGGCCGCGGAGUCUCACGUCUUACCUGUGGCUGGAUUACGACGCAUGGUGGGAUGUUCCCCUUCACUGUGGCAACACGCCGCCCCUGGGAUACCUCUGUGUUUGUCGUGGUUGAGCUGGUGGGCGAGUUGGUGGUGGGUAUCUGUUGGGACGAUGCCGCUUUUCUUUAUCCCCAAUGGUUGUGGUCUCGUGCCAGUUAACCGGGUCAGCAGAGCGAGCCUGGAAUUGACGAGUGUUCGCCUGAGCGCGGCCGCGUCCACCUCGAGGCCCGCCUGGCCCGCGGCGUUGUCCCGACGGCCUGCCUCCACGCCCCAGCGGCCCGAGGGUUUGUCCCAAA